AUGUCGGCCACAAAUUUCAUCUCAGAACGAAUAUGCCCUAUAUUCACCGUAUCGAGUGUAACCGGCGAAAAUCUCGAUCUCCUAAAGAUAUUUCUAAAUCUUUUGUCACCUCGUCUCGAUCCGCGUCUCAAUGAUCCUGCUGAAUUUCAGAUUGACGAGAUUUUUUCGGUUCCAGGUGUCGGAACUGUAGUCUCAGGUACUUGCUUGAGUGGAAGAAUCUCUCUGAAUGACAACCUUCUUUUGGGGCCAGACUCUCAGGGUCACUUUGUUCCUGUCCCUAUCAAAAGCAUUCAACGAAAGCGGCUGCCUGUUACACAGGUUCGCGGUGGGCAGACGGCUUCGUUCGCAAUGAAAAAAAUCAAAAGAAAUCAACUGAGAACGGUAGAUUUUACCAUCAAACUUGUCUGUUUUUGCAGCGCUUAUGCAAUCUAA